AUGUCCGACACACAAUUGAAAAGAAAGCGCUCCCAGCGUGACAAGGCUCCUGCUACCACCUUGCCCAAGCGCCAAAAGAGCGACCAUCUCGACCAGGACACGGCUACAACCACUCCCAAACCCGUCAAGACGCAAACACCAAAGUCUACACCGAAGACGCAGAUCAUUGAUCAACUCACCACACCCUCUACAAACCUCCCACAAACUGCUGGCUCGGCCGAACAGAAUGCGCUACAAGUAGUCACCACUCCAGGUCAAGGGAAAAAGGCGAGGCGAGGCAGAAGAAAGGGCACCGAUCGCGUUGCCAUCGACCAGGCCCAGAUUGUCGACAAGCCACAAGCAAGAGUUGACGGCAGGUCGCCAUGGUCGCUCUCCAAGCCCUUGGGAGGCAGGUUCGUUUUGCACGAUCCUGUCUUCUCCCAGGACGAGAGUUGCAUCUUUGCGUCCAACGGCCGAGAAAUCGAGGUUCUGUCAAUUGCCACAUCGCUGGUCGAGAGGAAACUGCCUGGUCCCGAUCGCUCUGCCACUGCUUUUGCUGUUUCGACCGCUGAUGAUGAGGAACUCUACAUUGCUUCAUCCACUGGUCGUGUUCAGCGCUGGAACUGGAUCACCGGCUCGCCUGUAGAAGACGAUAUCAAGUUCGAGGGUGCCAUCUCUGCCUUGGCCGCUGUACCCUCAGAAGAUGCUUCACAAGAUAUUCUGUACGCCAUCUGCCAUGAUGAGGAGGACUGGAACAUCGUCAUUGGAGGCCGCACUAUCUACACAUCCAAGGACUCUCUGAGCCAUCUCCGCGUCGAAGGACAAUUCAUCGUUGCUGCUACAGCGACGAAACUGGUCGUUGGUAAACGUGUUUCUUCCGAAGACUCUCCUCGUUACGACUUUGUCGAGAUCACAGUUUCUGCUGGCGUGACAAGUCUCGAGUGCAGAACCGAAUCUAGCGAGUCGAAGAAGGGAAAGACAGAAAACAUCUCGGUCGCGGUCGGAAACGUCUCUGGUGAAAUCUUCCUCUACGAAAAUGUUUACCCUUCAAACAAGAACGCUGAGUCUUUGACUCCUCGCACCCUCCAUUGGCACCGCGAGGCUGUCGCAACUGUCAAAUGGUCCAAGGAUGGAAACUAUCUCAUUUCUGGUGGCCGCGAGACGGUUCUCGUGCUCUGGCAAUUAUCGACCGGCAAAAAGCAGUUCCUUCCUCACUUGACCGCCGAGAUUGAGCGUCUUACUGUUUCGCCGAACGGUACCUCAUAUGCCAUUCAACUCGCCGACAAUUCAGUCAUGGUUCUUUCUACCACUGAACUCAAGCCCAUUGCCAACUUUGCUGGACUCCAGGCUCAAUCGUGUGUUGACAAGAACACUUCCGCUCAGGUCGACACUGAGAAGAGCUUCUUGCGAGCUGCUGCUGCCACCUUGAAUCCUCUAUCUCCUGACCAACUUCUGCUAUCUGUACCUGCCUCUACCAACGAAUCCUCUCAGCACAACUCAUCCGCCGCCCCCCGACCUUUCCUCCAGACUUAUGAUAUCUCCAACGACCGUCACAUCUCCCGCCAGGCAUUGACUCGCAACAUGGUCACGGAUUACAACAAGGGCCCUGAAGGUAAUCGCAUCAAGGUUCCUGAUGUUGCCUUCCUCCAGGUCAGCCACGAUGGACAAUGGCUUGCUACAGCCGAGCACUGGUCUCCUCCUUACCCUGAUGUUGAAUACUUGGCCGCUGACAAGUCCUCCAACGAUGAACAACGUCUUUUCCGUCGUGAAGUCUACCUCAAGAUCUGGCGCUGGGAUUCUGAACGCAACAUUUGGGCUCUGGAGACAAGAAUCGAUAGCCCUCAUCAGCUAGGCGACGAUGCUCAGCCUGGUCGCGUGCUCAAUCUUGUUGCUGACCCUGUCGAGGUUGGUUUCGCAAGUGUAGGUGAAGACAGCUGUGUUCGCAUCUGGAAGCCCAAGACUCGCCUUCGCAAUGGCAUUGUCGUUCGUGGUAGCAAGGCAGAAGGUCUCGUCGACUGGUCAUGCCGUCACUCGAUCCCUCUUGACCGUAGUCUUGAGCUGGCUGAAGUCCCAGAUCAAUCCCGCCUCCUCCCUCCCCCCAAGGGCGCUGCCCUGGCAUACUCCGAAGACGGUUCUGCCAUUGCCGUCUCUCAAGCUUUCGAGCACGUCAGCGAAACCCCUACCGUACACUUUAUCAACACAACCGAUGGAGCUACUGAGCAAGCACGCUCCGGCUUCUUCACCGGCACUGUCCGCGCUCUCGCAUUCCUCGACCGCCACCUUAUCGUCCUUGCCGAUCAAACCAUUGCAGUCUGGGAUAUCGUGGAUGAAGUGCAACUCUACUGCAUCAAUCUCGAACGCGCUGCAAGAUUUGGCACCUCCAUUCUUACCACAAACCCCGACGACAAGACUUUUGCUGUGUCAGUGAAAACAAAGGGCGGUGCUUCUCGUGUGCAAAUAUUCAGCCCUACAAACUCUGCUCCACAGUUCAAUCAAUCAUUGCCAUAUCCGGCUUCGGCUGUGUUAGCUGCUAAGGGAAGAAGAGGCUACAAGGUCUUGACUACUGCUGCCGAGGUCUUCACUCUUGUCCCUCGUGCUGCUGCUCCCUCCCUCAAUGGCGUACGCACACGUCGCGGCAAGCGCGCUGGAGCCGCCACUCCCUCUGCCAUUGCCACAUCCACUGCACCCAUCUCAACAUCUACUCCUGCGCUCCCCGAAGACAUGGAGGUAGAAGCACAGCCCGCUGAUGUGUUCCUCCUUGAGAACGACGAAGAAGCCGAUAAACCCGUUGUCAGACCUGAGCAACUUGCUCAAGUGUUUGAUAAGGAUAACAUUGCGCUUAUGCCGGUUAGCGAGAUGUUUAAUGCUGUUGUUGGGUUGUUUGCUAGGAAACCUAGAGCUGUUGUUUCUGUUUCUGCUGCUGCGUAG